AAAUAAAAAGAGACAUUUAACAGUAAUUAAUUAAGGAGCUGCUGAAGAUGGAGAUGACUGAGACUGCUGCCAGAAAAUCUUUCAUUGUGAUGAUUAACAUGAUUGCAUGGAUGAUUUUAAUAUCAGCUACUGGAUUAGGAGCAAUCCAUUAUCGUGAGUGUCCUGUUCAGCCAAAACUCCCCAUCUAUGUGACUGUGAUCGGGGUCACCGGUCUGCUUUCACUGUUGCUCAUGUACCUGAGAAACUCUCUAAAUGAUUGUCUAUUGGCUCGGUUGUGCAGCGCUGUAAGCCUGAUGAUCUACAUGUUCAUUGUGUGCUGGUUCUUUACUGGAACCUACUGGAUUUAUUCCAUUUAUCCUCCCAACUAUGUCCCGACUAGUACUGGAGACCACUGUCACAGAAUCCUGUAUCUGUUUGCAUUUUGGUUUAACAAUCUCUGCUUUAUGUGUGUGUCAGUAAUAUUUGUUUUUUUCAUGUACACAAUUUUAUACAACUGUACUAUUGUUUUAUUCACCAAUAGAACUGAGUGUUAAGCUGCAAACCUGUACACUGUUAAGAGUUAGUUAAAGGGAUAAUUAUUCCACUUUUUAAAGUUGUUGGUAUAAAAUGUAUUUAUCUGGAUUCAAUUAUCUGGAUUGAAUUUACGUUACAGUGCUCAGCAUAUAUAAGUACACCCUCACAAAUCUAUCUUUUAAAUUCAUAUUUUUAAUAGGAAGCUAUACAAUAUUAUAUUUGUGCAUAUACAUUUGAUUAGUCAGUACUGAAAAGGGUGACGCAGUGGUGCAGUAGGUAGUGCUGUCUCCUCACAGCAAGAAGGUCGCUGGUUCAAGCCUUGGCUGGGUCAGUUGGCGUUUCUGUGUAGAGUUUGCAUGUUCUCCUUGCGUUCGUGUGGGUUUCUUCUGGGUGCUCCGGUUUCCCCCACAGUACAAAGACAUGCACUAUAGGUGAAUUGGGAAGGCUAAAUUGUCCAUAGUGUAUGAGUGUGAAUGAGUGUGUAUGGAUGUUUCCCAGAGAUGGGUUGCGGCUGGAAGGGCAUCUGUUGUGUAGAACAUGUGCUGGAUAAGUUGGCGGUUCAUUCCGCUGUGGCAACCCCGGAUUAAUAAAGGGACAAAGCUGAAAAGAAAAUGAAUAAAUGAAUGAGUCAGUACUGAAGCCAAAUCUGGAGCUUAUCUAACAAAAUAUCUUAUGAUAACGAAUCAAGAACUAGUACACCCAAAUUUAUAUAUUAUUGAAAAAUAUUAAAUACACAUUUAAU